GAUAGUUGUAUCUUCAAAUGGAUCAUGGCCAGUUUCAUAGAAUUUUGAAAUCUGAGGUCGUGUCCUACCCUAAUUGAUUGCCGGAUUUGCCCAGCUGUAAACUCGCACUCAACUUGCACUAAUGAAACAUGCCAUAUCACCGACACAACAAGUCGAUGGUGGGAACGAGUGGUCUGAGGGACUGACUGGAUGUUUACAAUAUGCGAGAUGGUUGGAAAGCGGCAAUCGAAGAUUACUACCCUCUGUAAUUGGCAACUACCAACUCCCAUGGUUCAUGGCUUCCCGCAAAACCGGUGCCAAUGGCGCCCCAACGCCUGCAACAAAGGAGCUGCUCGUUGGCUUCGUUACUCGGACGGUAACAGGUAAUCAGAUUCGCAAAGCUCUGGAACAUGAAGUCAAUCCUUUUACCAAGGCAUUGCGCACUCCACAGUACAGGAAGAUACUCGAGACAAGGAAAAAACUACCUGUAUACUCGCAGAUGGACCGGUUCCUCAAGAUGUUCAAGGACAAUCAAAUUAUUGUCAUCGUCGGCGAGACCGGAUCUGGCAAGACAACACAGUGAGUGUCGCUCCAAGAAACAUUUUUUUGUCUUGUCGUUUUGAACUGCCACCUAUCGAAUGGACUCUACCGAUAGAAUACCGCAGUUUGUCGCUUAUUCGGAUUUGCCCCAUGCCAAGGGCAAAAUCGUCGCCUGCACACAACCACGACGUGUCGCUGCGAUGUCUGUCGCCAGACGAGUCGCAGAAGAAAUGGAUGUGGAGCUUGGUAGAGAAGUCGGUUACUGGAUA